UGGCGGGUCCGUACCUGAUCCAUCCACCCUUCUUGUUGCUACCCUCGCCGCUCACCCCACAUUCCAUACAACAUGUCCGUUCUCGCAGUAGCCGUCGAUCGGCUUCCAUUCACCAGUCCUCCUAGCGUAUGUCUAAGACGAUGAAUCAAGUCAUUCUGUCGGACUUGAAUCGAACGCCCAUCGUUCAGAUCAUCACUUGGUUCACUCUUGUUACCAGCCUUUUAGCGUUCUUCACGCAUGCUGGCAUCAAGUUCUAUGUGUUUCGAACAUUGACGAUCGAGUCAUGGCUGGUACUUGCAGCCUUGAUCUUUUGCGUCGCACAAUCUGUGGCCGUAUUGCUGCAAGCACACUACGGUUUCGGGAAACCGAUCGCGACUUUGAGUGGAUAUCAGAUUGAGUCGAACCUCAAAAGCGAAUAUGCCGCAAUGAUACUAUUCGUCGUCUCCCUUGGCUUCUCGAAGCUUGCUGUCGUAGCAUUCGUCCAUCAUCUGACUCCCUCCGAGCUCCACCGUAGAAUCAACUUUGGCGUCUUGGCUCUUAUAACUCUGUGGUUGGUUUGUUCUGUGUUGGUCGCAGCAUUCGAGUGCCGGCUGCCACGGCCAUGGGACAGAACAUUGGAUCGAUGCAUCGACCGUUUGACCUGGUGGAAUAUCGUCUCAUGCUUCAACAUCAUGACAGAGCUCGCGAUCGUGGCUCUGGAGUUGGGUAUAACAGCGCAACUUCACAUGCGACGGCAACGGAAGGCAGCGGUCAUGGCUUUGUUCUCGUGUCGGUUACUAGUCCUCGUUUCUGCUGCGACCCAGCUUGGCUUCUUCAAUCGCGACAGCAUAGAUGCCGUUUCGAAAGACGAUCUAACACUCGGUUACUGGCGGUCGUCUAUCUGCAACCAGAUCGUGCAAUGUUUUGCCAUUGUUACUACAUGUCUUCCCUAUACCAAGCUAUUCAUGGAGGGCUUUGAGUCGGGUCUCAUGCGAUUGGACGACCUGCGCCGUCGAGGAGAGCAGACCUCCAAAGACGACAGCAAAGGAUACCAACUCAUGGACAUAUCGCGAUCGGGACGCUCUGAAAAUUCUAGACCCUCAUACAGCGGGCCGGAUAGGAGCAUCCAAGUAUCGAAGAGUUGGACAGUGCAAGUAGAACCAGUAGCCCGCAUGCCAGCUACAACAAUACUGCAGUAAAUCUAUCUCGAUAGUGUGUACCCAGUCCCGAAAGCACAAGCCAACGCAUGCAAAAAUUGGCGCGCAAUUCACAGGAUCAAACCCAUGCUGUGCCCUCGUUUCGCAGUGCAUGUGGCACGGCACGCAGCAUAUGCGCCUAGCUUUCUUCCAGCAGGUCGUCCGGAUUGGGACACAUGGUGGUG